GUGACGUCGCACAUCAGCUGAUCCUCCGUAGACAUCUUUACGAGUCACGACUGCGGCGAUUAAUUCAUACAUCUUCGUUUGUGGUUUUCGGGCCGAGCGGAUCUUUGACAGCUGCAACCAUGGCGCUCAGCGAUGCCGAUGUACAGAAGCAGAUCAAGCACAUGAUGGCCUUCAUCGAACAGGAGGCCAAUGAGAAAGCAGAAGAAAUCGAUGCAAAGGCAGAAGAAGAGUUCAACAUCGAGAAGGGCCGUCUGGUCCAGACUCAGAGGCUGAAGAUAAUGGAGUACUACGAGAAGAAAGAGAAACAGAUUGAGCAGCAGAAGAAAAUUCAAAUGUCAAACCUGAUGAACCAGGCUCGACUGAAGGUGCUGAAGGCCCGGGAUGAUAUGAUCUCCGAAAUGCUGAAUGAGGCCCGCCAACGGCUCGUUAACGUCGCAAAAGACCCAGCCAGGUAUUCAGCUCUGAUGGACGGAUUGAUCUUACAGGGAUUGUAUCAGCUUCUGGAGCCGAAAGUGACUAUUCGCUGCCGUAAACAGGAUGUGCAGAUGGUACAGGCAUCCAUCCAGAGGUCUAUUGCUAUUUAUAAAGCAGCAGUGAAGAGCAGCAUUGAGGUCCGCAUUGACCAGGACAACUUCAUCCCCCCAGAUGUUUCUGGAGGUGUUGAGAUCUAUAACGGCAAUGGGAAGAUUAAGGUGGCCAACACCCUGGAGAGCAGACUGGAUCUCAUGGCUCAGCAGAUGAUGCCGGAAAUUCGAGUGGCUCUCUUUGGUGCCAACCCAAAUCGCAAGUUCAUGGACUGAGUAGUUCCACUGUAUUAGAGAAAAACUCUACUUUUAUUUUUUAUUUUGUCAUAUGAAAGACAAGUCAUUCCUCUGUGAAACCAAUUUGUGUAAUGUAUUGCUGUAUUUUUCUGUGCAUUAAGAGACAUGAUAGACGCUGCAACUCAACAUGACAGAUGUGCGUCAAGGGUACUGCGCAGCUGUAGUGACUGGUUUACUCUGCUGCUUCCCCUUUUGAGGGUCUCAGUUUACACUUAUUAGUCAGGGACGACGGGAUCCAGACUGGAUGGUUGACCAAUUGUCCUCUAAUUGGAUCAAUUUUCAGGACAAGCAUCUGUGUCACAGUUUUCCCAGUUUCAUUAACCUCUGCAACAUGUUAUAAGUUGCAUGGGGCAUUGUGUUGCUAAUGGGUGUCUGCUCCAACCAAUCACAGAGAAAAAAACCCUGCAUCCUAGAAACAAAACUGAAAACUGUACAUGACCUUACAGAGUUAUUUUUUUGACAUUACAUCGACUGUACGUUAUUCUGUCAUGAUUUAAACGAGUGGGAGUUAUCAUUCCAGAGGGUGCACUGUAUGUAUAUGAGGUUUCCAGAUUAAAUUAUACGUAUGUGUGGUUGUUGUUUUAUUGUUUGUUAUUUUCUUGUUUUGGUUGUGUCUCUGAAAAUGUUAUAUUGUGGAAAUGUAAAACAUAAUAAAAUAUAAAUCAGUAGUA